AAUCGCAAGUACGUGUCGAUAUGUGUCAUCGUUUAUAUUUUUGACAGUGCAUUUCGACGGUCAAUUGAUGGUCAUCGAAACGCGGUUACGUACUGAUAUUUUCUGUAUCUGAUAUUUUUUUCCUCUGGAUGUAAAACGUUCGAAAAGAAAAAUAGAGGAAAAAAGAAAGGAGAGAGGGACAGAGAUAUAUCUAUAAAGAAGAGAAAGACCCGUGACAUGAGAGAACUGCGAUAAUAACGGCCGUAACGGCGAGCACGAAAAUGUACUGUACAACACUCGGGAGAUGUUUUUGCAGGAGGGAUGCGGUAAGGGCCCUGAGUACUGGCGAAGUCUCCACUGCACUGAGGCCUUUUUACUUCACUGUUCAUCCCGAUCUCUUUGGCCAGUAUCCCACGCAGAGGACAGUGAAUGAGAAUUCUCUAAAGCAACUAAGUUCAAUCUUAGAAACUCUACAACAGAAGCAACCUAUACGGCCAACCAUCUUACCUUUUUAUUUGCGCUCGAAAGAUGAAAAAGAAGUGAAAGCUGGUAAAUUUACACUUGUGAAAAUACAAUUGAAAGAAAAAGAUCUAAGACAAGCAAUACUGUCUAUUUUAAAAACAUGCGAUCUACCUACGACAUUUGUCGAUAAAAUCGAGGAACAGAAGCCUCCUAUCACAAAGUACAAAUCCAGAUUUUGGCAACGUGCAUAUUAUGGAGAAAGAAUAGAUUUUUCAGAAUUGGAAGAUGAUCCCAUUUAUGCAUCGAUAAUUAUGAAACGAAAGAUUAAUGCAGAACCAGAUACAUUAAAGGCUUAUUUGGACAAACAUAUCAAUGAAGUGCACAUUAAAUUGGAAGCAUGCAGAUCAAUGAGGGAGGAAGUGAAAAAAUUGGAGAAGAUAUUGUGCACUGUUUUGGGUUUGAAGGAUAUUAUAUGGGAUUGCGGUUGGAAUAUCGCUCAUUAUCGUGGUUGUUUAUUAGCUUUCCAGGCUUUAGCCGAACACCAUCCAGAAUCGAUGGAGGUGUUAAGGAAUCGGACUCUCGUAUUCGCAAAUGACACUGGUAUCAGCCUGGAAGGUAAUGUUAUGCUAAACUCUGGAGAAGUCAGGCACAAUUGGCUCGAUUUACUAAAGAAUGUAAGAAAACAUGACGCUGUAUUAUUGAAAUUACCAGCAUUUGAGAAAGCAGUGUCCCAAGUACUCCUCGAUAUUAAAGUCGGUCGACGGGUUCUUUAUAUGUGCAGGAAAUUCAUGCCUAAAGUGAUGGUCGGCCAGUAUGAGCAACAACUACGACAACUCACAACUACACUCUCAGAUUACCGCGGCAAGAAAAAGUAUCCGAGUUCUUGGCCAGCCAGUCUAUCCGCCUACGAAAUUGUUAUCGAAGCUGAAGCAGGUCCAUUGAUGCUGUCGCCGACUGGACAAUUCAUUGUGCCAUCAUCGUGUCCAAGCUUUCUCUUGGUGAAUUUCAUUACUGAGAAUUUGGAGGAGGCUACAAAGAGAUUAAAUCACUAUAAUAAUAUAAAGCAUGUAGAGCGAGAACUUCAUCGUAAAACCAUCAAAGAAUUAGGUUUAACUGCACUCAACAAGGAUGAUAGUAUCACACCAGAUCUGAUGAUACAGUGUUGCGAGCGACUGCUUUUAUACAAAAAAAGUCUAGCACCAUCUCUCGAAGGUGUUAUGCUUUGGGUCACUCAUUAUUAUUCUGUUAUGAGUGACGGUGUUCUUUGUGUGCCAUGGGAUUGGAAAUUCUAAAAAACGAAAUAUCAUUUCAUACAUUAUUAAGCUAUGAUAAUAUGUAAAUGCAUCGCCAUGAAUCGACAAUGUGAAUAUUUUAUAAGUUCCAAGAUUUACAGGAUCAUAUAAAUGAUACAAUUAAAUGAUUUUAGCAAUUUAGAACAAAUAAUUAUGUAUAUUCAUAAGAGAUAAACUGUUAUAAUAAUUAAAACAUUGUAAUAGUCAUAACACUAUUACAUUAAUUACCAACAUAUUUUAAAUAUUAACUCUCGCUGAAAUUAUUAUACCACACUAUUAUUUAUGUCACACCUUUAAUUUUAUGAGAAUCGAUAAUCAGUGACAAAUUCUUGCGAGAAUAUCUGUUGUAUGUGCAACUAAAAAAAAAGAAUGAAACAUGAUGAACUGAAACUGUAUAUUCUUAAUGAAAGGACCAAAACUAGUCUUGACACUACUUGCAUAAGGAUUAGUUUGUUUUAUUGUACACAACUCGGAUACUCAAUGCUCAAGUAUGUUGUACAAGAGAAUAUUGUAUAUUCAUUCAUUCACUCCUUAUAUAUUUUUUUAACAGAUUUAACUCUAUUGAUUGGAUUUAAAAAAUAUGUAGUUUAUAAACUAAGACUAAAGAAUAAAAUCAAAUUUUGCAAUAAAUGAUGAGUAUAAA